AUGAAUGAUGAGUAUAGUGCUUUAAUUAAAACAGGGACAUGGGAUUUGGUGCCUAGGCCUACGGGGGAAAAUGUUGUUAAUUGUAUGUGGCUAUUUGAGCAUAAAUACAAGUCUAAUGGUGACCUUGAAAGGCACAAAGCUCGUCUUGUAUGUGAUGGCAUGUCGCAGGAAGUAGGUGUGGAUUGCGAUGAGACCUUCAGUCCGGUUGUUAAACCGGCCACCAUUCGCACUGUUCUCAGUUUAGCGUUGGCUAAAAAGUGGUCGAUUCAUCAAUUAGAUGUUAAAAAUGUCUUUUUACAUGGUGAUCUGCAGGAAACUGUUUAUAUGCAUCAACCUCCGGGUUUUGUUGAUCGGAGGUCUCCCUCUCAUGUUUGCCGGCACCGCAAGGCUCUCUAUGGUUUGAAACAAGCUCCCAAAGCUUGGUACCAACGCUUUGCAAAUUUUCUCAUCAAAUUGGGUUUUGUCAUUGCCAAGAGUGACAAUUCUCUUUUUACUUUCUGGCAGGGUGAUGAUAUGGCAUAUUUACUUCUAUAUGUUGAUGAUAUUAUUUUAGCUACCUCUUCUGACAGGUUGCGUACAGGGAUCAUUUCUCAGAUGCAAACUGAGUUUCCUAUGUCUGACUUGGGGCCUCUGAGUUAUUUUUUGGGUAUUGCAAUAACCCGAAAACCUUCUUAUUUGCUACUUUCCCAGGAAAAGUAUGCACAGGAGAUUCUAGAACGUGCAGGUAUGGCCUCUUGUAAACCUGCCGCUACUCCAGUAGACACUAAGUCCAAACUUAGUGCAGAUGCAAGACCACCUUUUCGGGAUCCUACCUUGUAUCGCAGUUUAGCAGGUGCUCUUCAACAGGGUACCAUUGAUCAUGGUUUACAUUUAUAUCCUACUGUUUCUCAUCGCUUGGUUACUUACACUGAUGCUGACUGGGGAGGUUGUCCCGAUACCCGACGUUCCACUUCGGGCUAUUGUUGUUUCCUUGGGGACAACCUCGUGUCUUGGUCAUCUAAGCGUCAACAUACAUUAUCUAAGUCGAGUGCAGAAGCAGAAUAUCGAGGCAUCGCUAAUGUUGUCUCUGAGGCGUGUUAG